AGAAGAGAGCCUCAGGACAGCGCGAGAACAUUCCUCAAAACUCUAGGCAAAAUGCAUCCUAACUUGGUGAGCUGGCUGGGGACUCUGGGCUUCCUGCUGUGGGCGCUGCUGUGCCUGGGCGCCCUGACGGAGGGGUACCCGAUGAAACCGGAGAACCCCGGGGAGGACGCCCCGGCGGAGGAUCUGGCCAAGUACUACUCAGCCCUGAGACACUACAUCAACCUCAUCACAAGACAGAGGUAUGGAAAGAGGUCCAGUCCUGAGAUUCUGGACACACUGGUCUCAGAGCUGCUGUUGAAGGAAAGCACAGACACGCUCCCACAGUCGAGAUAUGACCCAUCAAUGUGGUGAUGCUUUCAUCAGUGUUGGCUCAACCUCGCUGCUGCCCUGCUGACAUUCUGACCUCUACCAUCACUACAUACCCUCCUCCACAAAAUGACCACCCUGCCUCUGCUCCUUUUACCUUUAUGAGCCGCCACAUAUUCAACCCCUCGUCCUAACUCAUCAGCUACAGUCACAACUGCUUAUAGUCUGUGCCAUAACAUUGUAAAUAGUUUAUCCAGAUAUAUCAUCUGUGAAACAUAAAAGUACAGUUUGGGGAGGGCAUGUUGAUUGUAUUGUAUAAUUGUGCUAUUAAAGAUUAAUUGUUUG